AUGCUGGAAAACUGGCAAGGAGCGGCUCCUCAUGCUGCUUCCAGCCUUUUUGCGGUCGCUGCCGCUUCAUGGGCAAGUGUGGCUGGCGGGAAAGUGCCACAACCGUAUCUGGAUGAGUUCUUUCACGUCCCUCAAGCUCAGAAGUACUGCAAAGGAGACUUUUCCUGGGACCCUAAGAUCACUACUCCGCCAGGCUUAUACUUGAUAGCCAAGCUGUUCCAGCCUAUUGUUGGAUGUAGUACGAAAGUUUUGCGAUUUCAGAACGUCCUGGCGAUCGUUCUGGUCUUUCACACAGUCCUUCACAUUCUGCGCUUGGUACGAGAACGAGUAGAUCCUCAACGGCCUACGAAAGAAUCUCUCAAAUUGACCAAUGAAGAGAAUAUCAAAAAUGGUUUGAGUGUAAACCUGGACGGAAAGAUGCCCGUGUCGAAUGCUCUGAGUGCUGUCAAUAUCUCCCUACUGCCGCCACUCUUCUUUUUUGCUGCGCUGUAUUACACAGAUGUCAUGUCGACUGCAGCGGUGCUUUUAAGCUACCAAAUCUUCCUGCAUAAGAGAAGCCCGGCUGGAGAUAUUCGCAACGAUGUUUCCACUGUGUUCGUCGGUAUUGUGGCUUUGUUCUUCCGACAGACCAACAUAUUCUGGGUAGCUGUGUUUCCCGCUGGUUUGACUGUUGUUCAAGUGCUGGAGAGGAACGAGCCAUGGAUGCAGAUGAAAGAAAAGAAGCCGACAUCGAUCUUGCAAGAAUGCUGGAAAACCAAUACAGUCUAUGACGGCUCUGUAUACGAUGCUGGCUUACGAGAUGUCAUUAUGUUCGUGUUGACCAUCGUACCUGCAGCGUUGAGGAAACCCAUCGUGGUACUAAGAUCAAUCGCUUCGUAUGUUGUGCUUUUGGUCAUAUUCGCUGGUUUCGUAGCUUGGAAUGGCAGCGUGGUGUUGGGCGAUAAGUCGGCUCACACAGCCACCAUCCAUAUCCCCCAAAUGCUCUACAUAUGGCCUUACAUUGCUCUUUUCUCAGCGCCUAUAUUGCUAGGACCUUUAUACCGCAUCGUUGGUCCUUUCAUGCCGCCUCAGCUCAAGAAAAUGCUAGGAUACACGCCGCCUAAGAACGGGCCAUCUCUACCGGAGCUUCUGCCUGCUACUUUGUUCAUCGCUGGCGGUCUAGCUGCUGUACACUUCAACACGAUAGUUCAUCCCUACACCCUGGCCGACAACCGACACUACGUAUUCUACAUCUUUCGGAUCUUACUUCGCCAUCCAGCGGUCAAAUACAUAGCAGUUCCUGUAUACUACGUAUGCGCGUAUCUGAGCAUUCAAGCCCUCGGAUCUCUACCUGUUCAGCCAGAGAACACCAAGCCGGAAAGCAAAAAUCUCCGAACAGAUCCCCCCACCAAGCCAAAGCCGUGUCAGGUCAGUUUCGUCCUCGUCUGGCUGGUUGCCACUGCACUCUCUGUAGUGACCGCACCUCUGGUCGAGCCCCGCUAUUUCAUCAUUCCUUGGAUCGUAUGGCGCCUGCACGUACCGUACCUACCCGUUUCAUUCACCGUCCGAGGCAAGCAGUACUCGCAGGACUUGCGUCUUGUGGCCGAGACUAUCUGGCUACUUGCCAUCAACCAGGUCGUACAGCACUUGUUCCUGUACCGGACGUUUACGUGGCCGAGCGAGCCAGGGAAAAUCCAGCGGUUCCUGUGGUAG